ACGGAUUUUCAUCGCGUGAAAAUCAAUCUCACACAAGGGCUGACAAACUCUAUUCGUAUUAUCAUCGUSAAUAGACAAGAGCCUCUAAACUCCAGAUCUGAGUUGUGACGUUCCAACGUAUCAGGUAGAAUAGAUCCUCAUCCGUUGCACAAGCGAUAGGAAGAGCUUUUUUUGUUGGACAAGAAGUAAGAAAUACUCUAUCGUUUCAACCUAGAGAGUAUGUAAAACAUUUUCGAACGAAUCAGAUUUCGAAACUUUGGCAAACGCUCAACAAUUGUUCUCUGUUACUCGUUUGGUAUUGAAAGUUCACAGGUAGAACUCAGCUCGGUGCUGCACUUCAUUCUUAUCGCUUCACUUUUCUUUUGACAAGCAUCACUCUAUGGCRCCGUUCCCCUCGAACACGUCACGGGAACCCUAUAAACUAGAAGRUCAUCACCGAACCAUGGAGGACAGCACCUAUAGCGGAUUUAGACAAGACCUUGCCAAAAUCACAGCUGUAGACGAUUGUACAGAAACUYACAACAAAUCCUCCAARAGAAGUGACCCAAGCCUUUAUACUGAUGCGGGCGGUGCUGGACAUGUUGACAGCACAAGACCCAAGAAAAGAGUGAAAGGCUCUAGCAAMYCAUCCCUGUCACUACCGAUUAUUGGCUCGUAUUUAAUCAAGACCGAUUACGACGACGACAUUGUGAACGUUACUGUAACUACUGAUGUUAAUGACAGCGAUGACGACGUAGACACGAGUACUCCAGCUAGCCGCAACGUACCCUUUCAUGCAUGUGAAUGGUGGAAAGAUGGGACCGCAUACAUUCGAGACUGGAUGACUACUCCGCACGAUGACGCGGACACAACAAAGACAUCUGAAUUCUCUGCUGCCAGUCAGAACGAAUAUAGCGAAUUUCUUGGGUCGGCGGACAAAGACCCUAGUCCGGUUCUGAAAUUCUUGGGAAACAUAGCGGCUUCCAGAGAGAGCCAUGAUCACAGCAGYCAUGAAGUACAGUCGCGGUAUAUGGAACCUUUACCCCUCAAAACACGAAACGGGGGGGCUCUGUACAAUGCUCCASAAGCGUUUCGUAACAAGGCAUCUAGGUUACCCAUGUCCACACGGAAGCCACCUUCCGGAACUUUGAUGCCUCAAUUWAAUCAGUUUGGAGAGACGACCUUUGAUCCUUACAUGUCGUCUCAAGGGCAACAUUAUCAUAACMAGCAACCAUAUCAGCUGCAGGCCCAGAAACAGCAAUCGGUGCAGGCGUGCCAUCCCCCUUCCUUCUUACCUGAAUCAAUCCAUGCUGCACAACAUAAAAAGAUGCAGCAACAAACUUACCAUGGCCAAAGACAACAGAUCGACCAACCGGGUUUUGUACGGGCUGAUAUCGCUUUGAAUAAACCUCAAGCAAAGGUGUUGACUGACGAUAUCUUUUGUCUSGGCCGUGACUUUCAAGAAUCCUAUCACGAAGAUACAUCUUUUGACGAAGAUUCCGUCACGGGUGUCAUUGCCAAUCCAARUACGAGUAUCAAUCCAGAAGACAAGGUUGACGAGAACGAGAAUAUUAGGAAAGAAAUKAUUAGUGCUUUUGUGAACUUCGACGGAGAAGAUUCCAAAAGUGUAAUAGAAAACACGGACGAUCGUAACGAUAUCAUGGACAAGGAAAUAGCAGUCUUAAUAGCCCGCGACAAUGGCCUUGAACCUUCCUCUGGCAUUUCUACAAGCAAGGGAACUGCAGAUGACACCGAGCUCACGGGCGCAGAAUCUGACGCUUUUUUUGAUGGUGGAAAUCUWUUGGAUUCGAACCCAUCUUCCGACCCUUCCCGAGACAUCUCCAAGAAUAUUUUGGACUCUUCGAAGACACACUUGGAACUAGGCACCGACAAAUCAUCGACAGAGGUAAGAUUUCGCGCGUAUCAAGCCGAAAGUUGGACCGAGAAGUUUGAAGAGUUAAUCGAAUUCCGAAAGAAAAAAGGUCAUUGUUUGGUUCCAAAUUGCUACCCGGAUAAUCCAGCCCUAGCGCAAUGGACAAAACGCCAGCGUUAUCAGUACAAGCUGAAGCUUAAAGGCAAUCGCUCCACUCUAACGGACGAAAGGGUCRAUGCCCUGGAGGACAUUGGCUUCAUCUGGGAUUCUCACAAGGCUGUUUGGUCCGAAAGRCUGCAAGAACUCGCGCAAUUUAAGAAAAGAUUCGGUCAUUGUAACGUGCCUAGUCGGUAUARAGACAAYCAUCAAUUGGCGAUAUGGGUUAAGCGACAACGACGUCAAUGGAAAAACAAAUUAGAUGGCAAGCCUCAUUGUAUGACCGAGGAUAGAAAACAAGCUCUCGAAGCCAUUGGAUUUGUAUGGGACAUGAAAAUGUUGAAGUAUGCAACAAAAGGAAACAAGGAGAAUGUUAAGAAGAAGAUGUCAUGUAAAAGCAAGGGAGUAUAAAAAAUGCCAAACUUUGCUUUUCUCAUCUUGCAAAAAAGUCGAACUUUUGCAAGUUCACCUGGAAGAAUACCAUCAUCUAUAGGGACAGUCGGUCAGCCUCACACAGAGUCGCUGAACUAGACGUCACCUAAUUUAAGCCAUAUAUCAUGCAAAUAAGUAUUUAUCUACAUA